CAGGGCGGGAACGUGCCGCGGCUGCCCCCAAUCAUGCAGGUCGAGAAGCAGCAAGUGACAACGAGCGCGACGCAGGCGGCGAGCGCGAGCCGACGGCGGAACGAGGCGAAUUUUACCUGCCCGGUCCCCGGCUGCGGAAGCACGUUCACUCGGCGCUUCAACCUGAGAGGACAUCUUCGCUCUCAUACGGCCGAGCGCCCGUUCCUGUGCGAGUGGCCUGGGUGCAACAAGGGAUUUGCGCGCCAGCAUGAUUGCAAACGACACCAGGCGCUACAUACGUCGCGGUCACAAUCAAACGUCUGCCAGGGAUGUGGGAAGACGUUCAGUCGUCUAGACGCGCUUAACGUAAUACGCUCAGACGGAGGCGCCGACUGCCGCCAUGCUACCGAGGCU